UGAGGGCCAUCAAGGACGAGCUCCGGGUGUAUAUAUAUCGUGGCCGAGGCAGACAGAGGCACCAGCUGCUAUCCUGAAGGCACACAGUCAUGAAGAUUCUGAUGAUGGUCGUGUUGGGGUUGGUGGCCAUGGCUGCCGCCCUUCCUGCUGAUAUCAUCAACUACGAGCUGGACAACCAGGAACACGAGCAGGAGGGCGUCGCAGGCACGGCCGUCGAGGGCGAGUACUCGUGGGUAGCGCCCGACGGUAAUGAGUACAAAGUAAAGUACAUUGCUGACAGGUUUGGAUACCGCGUCAUCGAGGACAACGUCGUGCCCAGAACUCGUUCCCUCGACAUCACGGACGCAAGUGAGGAAGAAUAAACGACAAGUACCUCCGCGACGAGCACCUCCACGACCGGCGCCCUGAAGCCACUGUAACAAGCAAACAGAACAUCACAACCCUUGUACACGUCUGUCCAUUGUCUGUAACAGCUACAGUACGUGAUCAUUAAUUACCACUUAUCUGUAACAUCAGUAGAUGGGAAUAAAUUUGUUUUCACUUUA